AUGAUUAAUGUUCCACAUAUAUUAAACCAGAUCAGGGUAAGCUAUAACUCUGUCAUUAUUAAUUAAUUGAUAGGAUAUGAAAAAUAUUUUUAGAGGAAUUCUCAAUUAUUAUAUUUAAUUUUUUUUAAAUAUUAGGGGUGUAAGCAGACUUUUCAUCAUAAUGAUUCAAAUGAAGAUGAUAAAAUACAUCGUGCACAUCUGCUGAAACUUAUUGAUGAGUCUCCAAAGAAAGGAUUAAGGUUAAGAUUUAGAAAAGGCCUUGAAUCGCAAAAAAAUCAUGAUGUUUUCAUAGAGAAACUCAAUUGUUUACUUGGUAAAACUGGAGGAAAGCCUAAACAGAUUGAUAUAUACUUUGAGCUAGCUAGGCAUUGGCAUGAAAAUUGCAUAUCUCUUACGACUUCCCGCAGUAAUCAAGUAAAAACAAAAGAAAAAGUUAAUUUUUUGGAAAAAAAUAUAUUGUGUGUUUUGAAUAUUUGAACAGCAGUAAAUUCGUGUCUGCUAUUUCACAAUUGAUAGCAGACUGGCUUUGGCUAGCAAGACAAGUUUACUGGUGUUCAAAUAUAUAGAACGAAAUUUAUAUUUGAAAUAGAAGCUGCUUAAAUUUUAUAAAUUAAUAGAUAACAUUAAUAUUAUAGCCCGUUCCCGGCUAUAUUAAUCACAUACUAAAAUACGUUUAUAGUGAGUUGCUAUCAAAAUUUUGAAAUUGGGUUUUUUUAAAAAUUUUGGAAAAAUCUUUAAUGAAAUAUAUAUAAAUUUUAUCUCCUCAGUGAGUAAAAAAUGCCCAUUCACAGUGGAGGCAAGUUAGAAUUCCAGAUACAUUGAUAGCUGGAGAAGAUUUACCUACAAGCUACAAGCUUUGAACUGACAAGCAUGGGAAAAUUUCCGGAACUCCCUGCGCAGAACAAAAAUUUUUUUCACUUUACCGAGAACACUCUGAUGACUCUCCCCUUUUUUGUUUCAAAUCUCACCCAAAUCGGUCAAUCUUAAUAAAUUCCAUUCACACAGCAGAAGAUACAUGAAUCGCCUCACGAAAUCGCCCCAAAAGAAUCCAGCGCUUUAUUCGAUGCUGUUCUAAGCCUACUUCAAUUUUAAGAGUUCUAUGAAAAUCCUCCCAAAAAAUAAAAUAUUUCAGCAUUGUAAACAGAAAUGACUCUCAUUUGAGCAAAAUAAAUAAAUUGACUCCUAUCAAAAAGCAGCCAAAACGCACAAAAUCUUCUUCUCGUCCCCCUGAAUUUCGCUUCACAAAUUACCUAUUGAAAACUUCGUCUUCUAUAAAUAACCCUUUUAAGCUUAAUUUAAGCUUUGACGAUAAAAAAAUCCCCAAAAAAAGAUCCCAAGAAUUUUUACGAAAAAAUGACACUUUUGAUACAAAAAGAAUUACGGAUAAUUCGCCUUCUCCAGAUUAUAAUGAGCAGCAUAUAAUUUCUACCAAAAUGAUUGGCAAAUGCUGGGUCAUGGAAAAGCGUGGGCCAAUUGAAGAAGUGGACGGGAUGCUUAAGCAAGUAAAAAACUUUUUAAGCUCGUACAUUUUUAAAGAAAACACGAUUAAAGGGAUCGUUAUGGAUUUUAUACAAGAUAAACAGAAAAAUUGGAUUUUUUUAGAUGUCAAAGAGCUGCUUUUAAAUGAGUCUCAGCAAUAUUUUUCUCCUGAUAAAAUAGAAAGAGCGCAUUCAGCGUGUCCUUUAUAUUCAAAAAGAGAAUCCCCCAAAAAAUUGACACUUCAGCCGGAAACAAUAAUGGAAGCAAAUGCUGAAGACCGACUAAUUACAGCUAAAAGUGUGAUUAUAGAUGAAAGUGAGAAUGAAAAUGUAAUAGAUUAUAUAAGGGACAUAGCCUCUUUUAGAUUAUUUAGCAAAAAUCUUUAAAAAGAAAAUUACCUUUAUAAGCAUCAUUUUUGUAAUAAAUUUGAGCCUUAUAUUUAUUUUGAUUUUUAUUCCUUUGAAAUUUCUAAAUUAAUCUUCCCUUUAUAAAUAUUUUCUCUUAAAGAUCCAAAUGAGAACUCCUACUAUACCCAAAAUUCCAUAUUAGGUCAAAAUCCAAACCAAUUGAAGAUUCCAGCCCAAAUGAAAGCUCAAUUAUAGAAAGAUAUAACAAAAUUGUUGAAAAAGCUACAAAACUUUCAGAUUACAGACCAUCAAAAAUACUACCUCUAUUUGACUUUAAAGAGCAAAGCAUUGAAGCUUAUAAAAAUCUUUUAAAAUCAGGCACAAUGCCUCUAAAUAUGAUAAAGCAUUCAUUAGCUAGCCCAGCUCAUCAAUCUCCAAGCUCCCCAGAGCAAGCACAAAACCCAUCAUUAAUCAUGAAUAAGCCUGCCUUUGAUAAUGAAGUCUACAGAUGCAGCCGAAGACAUCUCACAGCCACAGUUGACAGCUUUGACUCUCUUUCCAAAAAAAUAAAAAUUUCUAAAAUAAAAGAGCAAGAUUUAGUCGGAAAAUACGGAGGCGAAGAUUUUUGGCAGCAUUUUAUUUUAUAAUAAUUUCCUAUAAAUUAAACAAAUAUAAAUUCAAGGACUUUUUUUAAAUAAAAUAUAAGAAAAUAUAUAUCAUUAUAUGGCCAAAUUUUAGCAGAUAAAGUAUUAAAUAAACAUUUCAAAUGUACACAAUUAGAAAACUUUGAAAUGAUAUGCACAAGUAUGUAUAAGGUAUUUAACUCUGAUAUUAAUAUGCAGUUUCGAAGAAGAGUUAGGGCAGUUCAUGCAAAUUAUUUGGUAAAUGAGCAAGAAUUUGAGUCUUACUCAGAUAUUUUUGAAAAAACUUUGGAAGAGUUUUUGAUUGAGGAGGAUGAUAAAACUGUUAUCAUGUCUCAAAUUAAAUCUAUGAAGUGCUUAGUAGUAAGACAGUAA